GGUUUAGUGAGGCACGUGUUGACUCCUGGGAGCUAGGGAGAAAAAGAAUACGAGCUAGAUAAUGAGGAGCGGGGAGUGAGUGUAUUACUUUGAAAUAGUUAGCCUGGUAGUGGGUGGGCUGGGGUUUUGUUCACUCACUUUUCGUUGGGGUAGUUAGUGUGGAACUGGCAUGGAGUUUGAAGAAUCGGGGAUCCGGGAGGAGUGUGGCGUGUUUGGCUGUGUCGCUGCUGGCGAGUGGCCGACUCACUUGGACGUGCCCCACGUUAUCGCCCUCGGAUUGGUGGCACUGCAGCACAGAGGUCAAGAAAGUGCUGGAAUUGUGACAAGUAAUGGAGGCUCUCCACCAUCAUAUAUGAUGCACAAGGGAAUGGGUCUCAUAAAUAGUACUUUCCGUGAAGAACAAAUACAAAAACUUCGCAAUGGAAACCUGGGAAUAGGACACACGCGAUAUUCUACAUCGGGUAUUUCUGAAUUGCAAAAUUGUCAACCAUUUGUAGUGGAAACUCUUCAUGGAAAGAUCGCUGUAGCCCACAAUGGAGAAUUAGUGAAUGCAAAAAAAUUAAAAAUGAAGGUAUUACGACAUGGUGUUGGAUUAUCAACAAGCUCUGACAGUGAGCUUAUCAUACAACUUCUGGCUUUGACUCCUCCAAAGGAGGAAGCUGAUACACCUGACUGGGUGGCCAGGAUUAGAACUUUGAUGACUGCAACAUCUACCUCUUAUUCAAUGCUACUUAUGUACAAAGAUGUCAUUUAUGCUGUCCGUGAUCCUUAUGGGAAUCGCCCUCUAUGCCUUGGCUGCCUUGUGCCGGUUUCCAAGUUGAACAGUUCAGGUGAAGCAUAUAAUGAAACAGAAACUGAAGGAUGGGUGGUUUCUUCUGAAUCAUGCAGUUUCCAAUCAAUUGGGGCCAGAUAUUAUCGUGAAAUAUUACCAGGAGAAAUUGUACAGGUCUCUAAGAACGGUGUCCAGACGCUUGACCUUGUCCCAAGAGCUGGAGGAGAUCCACCUGCUUUCUGUAUCUUUGAAUAUGUUUAUUUUGCCAGACCUGACUCCAUAUUUGAAGGACAGAUGGUAUAUACAGUAAGACAACGUUGUGGGCGGCAGCUUGCUAUUGAAGCACCUGUUGAUGCAGACUUGGUUAGCACAGUUCCUGAAUCUGCAACACCAGCAGCACUUGGUUAUGCGCAAGAGGCAGGACUUCCAUAUGUAGAAGUGCUCUGCAAAAAUCGUUACGUGGGCAGAACAUUCAUUGCACCAAAUACAAGACUGCGGCAACUUGGGGUAGCGCAAAAAUUUGGAGCCUUGAGUGAUAAUUUUGCUGGAAAGCGGAUUGUGUUGAUAGACGAUUCAAUUGUGCGUGGAAAUACUAUUUCUCCAAUCAUUAAAGUCCUGAAGGAAGCGGGUGCAAAAGAGGUACACAUUCGUGUGGCUUCACCUCCAAUAAGAUUUCCUUGUUAUAUGGGAAUUAACAUUCCAACAAAAGAAGAGUUGAUUGCCAACAAACCAGAAUUUGAAGAUCUUGCAGGCUAUAUAGGAGCAAAUAGUGUGGUUUAUCUCUCUGUCGAAGGAUUGGUGUCAGCUGUAGAAGAGGGAAUUAAAAGCCUGCGAACGAAGUCCAUUCUAAAUUAUACUGAAAUUGACAAAAACAUAUCUUCUAGGCAAACAGGUCAUUGCACGGCUUGUCUCACAGGAAAAUACCCUGUGGAGCUCGAAUGGUAAAAUUACUUUGUAUAAUUUUGAGUGAUUCAUCUGAAAUUGUUUUUCAGAUUUGAAUACAGUGUCUAAGGACAUGAUGUUGCUCAGUUAUUUUCUUUUAUCAAUUGAGUAUUUUUUAUAUCCGCUUGGUGUUCCAUGGUUGCCUGUUUUGUGCCACCAUUCUAUAUACAGUGUAUUGGUGAAUCACCAACUUCAUACAUAUUUUCAUGGUACAUUGCAAUAAGAAUGUGUCAACUGUAGGUUUGUUGAGGACUGUCAAAUGAACUACUGUUGAUGGAAACUAUUCUAACUAAAAAAGGCAAACAGUUUUUCACCUAUUGUCAAAAAUACAUUGUAAAUAAUUUGAAUUAAAAAUAACUGUUCCGGUUAGGGUAGCUUAAUGUGAGAGAACUGAACAAUGUAGUAUGUGUUUUGAGGUCUGAUUCAUAAUUUACAUGUAUGUGUUAUAGCUUUAAGUAUAAACCGAUUUUUAGCUGCUGGAUGGGAUUGAAGAGUUUGGACUGUUCCUUGCUCCAAAACCUAACUAGGAUGAGUUCACAUUGUAAACUUUGAGUUGUGAUGGACAAACAUUGAAAAUUCUUGGAUGCUUCUAGGUCUAGGUUUUUUUAAAAGGCCAGCAACUGAAUACUGUUAAAUAUGUGACGAAAAUGAGUAAAACAAUAAAUAACCCUUCAGCCCUCACUCCAGCACACCUCCCAUGCCAACUCACAUGCUGCAUCUGUCUCCAUAGACCAUACUUUUUGAACCUGUGCUGCAAUGAUUACACCUCAAGGCCCACCUACCUCUGCCAUUCUGUUGCUCCUACCCAUUUCACUUUGCCAUUACACCUACAAAGAACUCACCAGUGUCUGACUUGGCAGACCUCCAGACCCAUGGUGAAAUGAAAUGAAAAUGAAUUUGUUUCUAUUGAUUAACUCUUUCCAUAAACUAACUCUUAACUGAUGAAAGCUCAUCACUAUUUUUCUAUUCCUUUGAUCAAUUAUUAAAGACAAGCAUUUGAAUUCAGAGUUCCACUUAAAAACAUUUAUGACCAUUUGGGCUGUCAGUAGAAGUAUGAACUGACCUGCAACCUGCUGUGAUAGGGUGUGAAACAAAUCAUGCACCACUAAUCUUGCAAUGAUGGCUCUCGGGCUACUGUCAACAAGUGUAGUGAAAUAACAAGCACUGACUUUUUUUGGCACUGAUUUUUUUUUUCCUUUGCCUUUGACACCAAGCUUUUUUUUGUUUCAAAUAUUUAAAGGACAGGGAUUUUACGUGCCUUAACAGACUCCUUUUGACAACUUCAGUGAAACCCUUGUAUGCAUGUAUAUGUUGCUUUGAACCUUCUUCAAAGGGCACAUGACAUGUUCUAAGAGUGUGCCAGGACCAUAUUCAAGAGGUACCUUACCUCUCCGAACAAGUACCUUAACUCUGCAAGGAAGCCUGGUAAAGUGUGACCUUCCCAACCACAUCCAAAGUGCACGUGGUGUUUUGAAUAUCCUACUAGUAAAACUCUGAUCAACCUAAUGCAGCUGUUUUUUUUAACAUUUUUAACGGCAGUUAUCUGUGUAAGCUACUGUCAGUGUGAAAUUUUUUUAAAAAUCUUACUGGGGUUUUUCCCAAUUUUUGGGUCUGUAACCAUCCUUAAAACUGCUUUUCAUUAGCUGUGAGUAAUCAAGAGCAUGAUAGCUUGUAAAAUGGCAAUACAUCAAAUUCCUAAUAAUAUAGUCAGCUGACAGGAACUUGGAACUAAAUUGUAUCAUUUUUAUUUAAUGCAUACAAUACUUGAGAUUGUCGAGUUAUACAUACUUGCAUUCAGAGUUUUUGAGUGUCUGAAUCUUGGCCCGACUGUCAUACUUCAUUACUUCAGUUUGCAAAGGUUUACAUUUGAACAGCCAUCAAGUUUUCAAGACUAGAAUUGUCCUAACUUUAAUAUGCUAUGGAAUAUUUAUACCCAUAGUUAUGUUACAUACCAUAUCUUUAAUUUUCAGAUAAAAGAAUUUUCCUUUCA